AUGAUCUGGAAAUAUUUAAAAUCAUGGGUUGAUCCAAAUACGGCAGAGAAAAUUGUGGUGCUCAGUAGCACGGAGGCCUUCUCCGUCCUUAAGGAGCACAUUGAUGACGUGAACAUUCCAACUGCAUUUGGAGGUGGUUUCACCUUUACGCAUGGAAUGCUACCAGAUCUAGAUGACAAUAUCUGGCGGCGAUUCAGCUGGAGGCUACCAAGCCGCUCUCUGCCUCCGGGGCCGAUUAAGUGGACCGAAGAUUUGGACGGUCGGAAAGUGGCACUGGCCGUGGGUGGAGAAGCAGGAUGCAGGAGGACAGAGAUAAUCGCGACAUUGUUCCCUGACGAGGACGAACUUUGA